AUGACCACCUUUGCGAGAAAGCUCGCAUCCCAUAUCUUGAAACGCUCGGAUGUCGCUAUCCCCGGCUACUGUCACGACCCGAGCAAGGUUUCAGAAACCAUCGCCUCCUCGCCUAAAGUGACACUCAUCAAAGGUGACGCAUUUGACCAUGAUUCUAUGAGCAACUUUGUCAACUCCUGCGACGUGGUCUUAUGCUGCUAUCUUGGCGACGACAAGCUUAUGGUUGACGGCCAAAAGGCCUUGAUUGCUGUUUCCCAAGGACCUCCGAUUCAUGUCAAGGCCUACCUGGAAACAGGGAAAGUUCAAGGCCCGCAUACCCACAUUGGAGGAUUCAUGGAGCCAAUCUUCAGUUCAUUCUUCAACAUUUUUGACCCGAGCACUAAUACCUUCCGGCAUAGGGUUCUUGGUGGGCGUGCAACAAUUCGUGAGAUCGCUCAGUCCUUUGAAAAGGUGUUAGGAGUCAAGCCUACUCUUGAGAGCCUCUCCCUGGGUGAUCUAUAUAAGACGAUGCAUGGACUUCGCCAGAAGAACCUGGCUGACGUCUUUAGUUACAUGUUAAUGUUCUUCUACUACUGCCGGAUCAAUGGCCAGACCUUUGUUGGAACAGAGCUCAAUAACUCCCAGUACCCUGAUGUCAAGCCGUUUACUAUGAUCACCUCCAGCUCUCUUGAAAUCGACAACUUGUACACUGGGUCUAUUUAA